AUGCAAUUGAUCUUUGAAAUUAGAAGACCACCGAUCUUUGUUGGACCAAUCGAUCAGUAUAGAGAUGCGGAUGCCUUCCUUCUAGUCUACAGCACAACUUCUCGCGAAACGUUCACCAGAAUUGAACACCAUUACAAUCGUAUCAUCUCGGUUAAACGAUGCACCUGUUGCGGGGUACCUUUGGCUCACCGGAGGUCCGCAUUCUCAAUUCCCAUAAUGUUAGCCGGCGAUAACUUCGACAAGGUAGACAAACGUGAGGUCUCACGUGAAGAAGGUGUGAGGUUGGCCGAGAGAUUGGGAUGUGGGUUCUUGGAGACCUCGACCAAGACUACGUUGAAUGUGGAAAUAUGUUUUUAUACGUUGGUUAGGAUGAUCAGGGAAAAUCGGGAAAGGGGAAAAAUGAUUGAGGCGGACAGGAGUGAGAGUGAACGGCCCAGGGGGGAAGAUAAAGAGUUGAAGAAGAAAGGUAAGACGUUGAGAAACGUCAUAUGUUGCGGUGACUAG